AUGCGCCAAAAGACAAUUGAAGAACAAUAUAAGAAGAUGACUCAUAUUGAACAUAUACUUUAAAGGCCUGAUACAUAUAUAGGCAGUUUAUAAAGAACUUCAGAUCAAAUGUGGAUUAUUCAAAAUGGUAAAAUGAUUUAAAAAGAAAUUGAAUAUGUGCCUGGGUUUUUUAAAAUAUUUGAUGAAAUUUUAGUGAACGCUGCUGAUAAUUUAUAAAGAGAUACUCAUUUACAUAAAUAAUCUUAUAUCAAAGUAGACAUAGGAAAUGAAAUUACAAUUAAAAAUGAUGGAUUUCCUAUUCCUGUUGAAAUACAUAAAGAAUAUUAAAUAUAUGUACCAGAAUUGAUUUUUGGAGUGUUUCUAACAGGAAGCAACUUUGACGAUACUGAAAAAAGAGUAGUUGGAGGAAGAAAUGGAUAUGGAGCCAAAUUAACAAAUGUUUAUUCUUCCGAAUUUACGCUGGAAGUUUGUGAUGGUAAAAAUUAUUUUAAAUUGAUUUGGAGUAAUAAUAUGAGUAACAAACAGAUACCAAUAAUAAAAUAAAUUAAAAAAGAUCCUUAUGUGAGUAUUUCAUACAAACCAGAUUACAAGAGGUUUGGAAUGAAAGAGAUAGAAAAUGAUACUUAAGCAUUAUUAACCAGAAGAGUAUAUGAUUUAGCUGGCAUAUAUGGUAAUAGAAUCAGUGUAUAUUUGAAUGAUGAAAAGAUUAAAAUCAAUUCAUUCUAAAAAUAUGUAGAUUUAUAUUUACCAAGUGAAGGAGCUAUUAAAAUAUAUGAUAAAGAAAUGACAACUCCAAGAUGGGAAGUUGUUGUAAGUUAUUCACCAACAUAAUUUUAACAUGUAUCUUUUGUUAAUGCUAUAUGCACUGCAAAAGGAGGAACUCAUGUAAAUUAUGUAACAGAUAAAAUUAUAUAAGAUAUUUAAAAUGAAAUGAAUAAUAAUAAAAAGUACAAAUCAAUUGAAGUAUAAAAAUAUCAAAUAAAAUAAUCUCUUUGGGUAUUUAUUAAUUGUUUAAUUGAUAAUCCCACAUUUGAUUCUUAAACAAAAGAGAAUAUGACUACAAAGGUAUCUGAAUUUGGAGGCACAAGUGAAGAGAAAUUUAAAGUAACCGAUAAAUUCUCUAAAGCUUUAAUAAAAACAGAUAUCAUAGAAACUAUUUUUUAAUAAGCAAAAGCUAAGGCUGACGCUAAAUUAAAUAAAUAAUUAAAAGGUACUAAGACAGGUAGAAUUCAUGGAAUAGAGAAAUUAGAUGAUGCAAAUGAUGCUGGUAAAAAGAAUUCAGAAUUUUGCACAUUAAUAUUGACAGAAGGAGAUUCAGCAAAAGCAUUAGCUAUGGCAGGUAUUGAUAUUGUCGGAAGAGAUAGAUAUGGUGUAUUUCCUUUAAAGGGUAAGUUAUUGAAUGUAAGAGAAGCAUCGUUAAAAUAAAUAUUAUAAAAUGAAGAAAUAGAAAAUUUAAUAAAAAUACUUGGUUUAUAAAAAGAAAGAUAAUAUUAAGAUUUAAAGUCUUUGAGAUAUGGUUCAGUAAUGAUUAUGACAGAUCAAGAUAUUGAUGGAUCACAUAUAAAAGGUUUGAUUAUCAAUUUUAUACAUCAUUUUUGGCCAUCUUUAGUUAAAUAUAGAGGAUUUCUUAAAGAGUUUGUAACUCCAUUAAUAAAGGCCACUAAGGGAAAUUAAACGAUUCCUUUUUUUACAGUUUAGGAUUUCAAUAAGUUUGCUUAGGAGGAAGAUAUUAAAACAUGGAAGAUUAAAUAUUACAAAGGUUUAGGUACAUCAGAUGAUCAAGAGGCAUAGGAGUAUUUUAAGAAUUUAAGAACACAUACAAUAAUGUUUAGAUAUGAUGGAGAUGAAGAUGAUAAUUCAAUUGAUUUAUGUUUUAAUAAAAAGAAAGCUAAUGAUAGAAAAUAAUGGUUAGCAUAAUACAAUCAUGAUUUGUAUGUGGAUCAUACAAAAAAAGAAUUAGGUUAUUCAGAAUUUAUACAUAAAGAAUUGAUACAUUUUUCGAUGGCUGAUAAUAUUAGAUCUAUUCCUUCAAUUAUGGAUGGAUUAAAACCAGGAUAAAGAAAAGUGUUAUUCUCUUGUUUUAAGAGAAAUUUGAAAUAAGAAAUAAAAGUAGUAUAAUUAGGUGGUUAUAUAGCUGAACAUUCGGCUUAUCAUCAUGGAGAUAUAUCAUUAGUAUCUACGAUAAUAGGAAUGGCUUAGAAUUUUGUUGGUUCUAAUAAUAUAAAUUUAUUAUUACCAAAAGGUUAGUUUGGUAGUAGAGCUAUGGGAGGAAAAGAUCAUGCAUCUGCAAGAUAUAUUUCUACAGCACUUAAUAAAAUUACUAGACAUAUAUUCCCAGAAUAAGAUGAUCAUUUAUUAAAAUAUAUGGAAGAUGAUGGAUAAAUGGUUGAACCAGAAUAUUAUGUUCCUAUUAUACCUAUGAGUUUAGUUAAUGGAGCUGAAGGAAUAGGAACUGGUUGGUCAACUUAAAUUUAAAAUUAUAAUCCUAUUGAAUUAGUUUAAUAAAUUAAAAAUAGAUUAGAUGGUCAAUAAUUUUAACCUAUGACUCCUUUUUAUAAAAAUUUUGAUGGAAUUAUUGAAAAUCUACCUAAUGGGAAUGGCAUUAUAAAAGGUUUAAUUGAUUGUAAUGUAGAUACAGAUAUUAUCACUAUUACAGAAUUACCUGUUAAAAAGUGGACUAAAAAUUAUAAAGAAUGGCUAGAUAAGGAAAUGGCUGAAGAAGGUAGUUCAAUUGUAGAUUUAAGAGAAUAUCAUACUAAAUAUAAAAUACAUUUUGAAAUAUAAAUGGUUGAUGGAUUUGUAUAAGAUUUAAGAAACCCAUUAGAAUAUUUCAAAUUAACAACACCAGCUUCAUGUACUAAUAUGGUAUUAUUUGAUUCAAACAAUAAAAUUAAAAAAUAUGAAUCUGUACAAGAAAUCUUAGAAGAGUUUUAUUUAGUAAGAUUAUAAUUUUAUCAUAAAAGAAAAGAUUAUCUUAUUUCCAAGUUAGAUAGGGAAGUCUAACUAUUAGAUAAUAAAUUAAAAUUCAUCAAAAUGGUUAUUACUGAAGAAAUUAAAAUAAGAAACAUUAAAAAAAUUGAUUUAGUUAAAUAAUUAGAUAAAUUUGGAUUUACUCGCUUUUCAUAAUUAAUUUAAGUUAAAUCAACUAAAAUUAAAGCAUUUGGUGAUUCUUAGAAAUAAUAAAAAAAUGUAGAUGAAGAUGAAAGUGAAGAAGUUUCAGGAGAUGAAGAUAAAGAAUAGAAAAAAUAAAUUUCUAAAAAGUUAUAAUCAACACCAUCUAUUGAUAUAAGUGAAUUCAAUUAUUUAUUAUCGAUGCCAUUAUUUUCACUCACAUUUGAAAAAGUUGAAAAAUUACAAGCUGAAUUAAAUUAAAGAGUUUAAAGUAGAGAAGCAUUGAUAAAUAAAGAAGUUGCAUUAAUGUGGAGAGAAGAUUUAGAUAAGUUUUUAGAAAUUUAUGAAGAAAUGAAUGAAAUUGAAUUGAGAUUAAUAAAUUAGUAAGAGAAAAUGCCUGGAAAAUAAAUGAAAAAACCUAAAAAGAAAAAUGAUAAAUAGGAUCAAAUAAUUGAAGAGAAAGUAUAAAAAUCAAAAGCCAUUAAGAGUAAAGAUCCAGUAGAAGAAAUAUUAUCAAAAUAUAAGAAAUAGGAUGAUAAAUAAAGCGAAAUUAGUUCCAAACCAAGUUAAUUCAAUUUAAAAUAAUAAAAAUAAGGUUCAAAAGAAUCAAACAUAUUAGAAGAUAAUCCAAAAUAGAUAUCUUAAUAAGUCUAAGGUAGAAGAAUUAGAAAAUUAAAAGUAGAAAGUAGUUCAGAUGAUGAAUGGAGAGAAAAGUGA